AAUGGCGACUGCGCCGCUGUGGGGAAGCGAGCGAGGAGUUGAAUGAGUUUCCCCCACAGUUGGAGAGGAGCAGCCUGCCAGUCGGGACACCGUGUCCUCCGGAGACACCGGCAGGUCUUCCUUCACCUCCUACAUGGAAACACACGGCCGGGCGUGUCUGCUAGUCUCCCGGCUCGCCGUGUCAUGACAGCUGGACACAUUUCUCACACAUCUGUGCGACGCAGCAGCAGCAGCAGCAGCAGCAGCAGAGAGACGGGAGAAACACCCUGUUUGCUCCGAGUCUAAAAAAAAAAAAUCGGGAGGAGGAGGGUGUUUUUUUUUUUAUUCUUUUGCUUCUUUUUUUAAAUUAAAGUCUCGUUUUGGAAGCGUUGUCUUCCUCGCCAAGUGGAGCCAUUUGGACCAGCAUGGCCGAGAGAACCGCAGCCGGGCUGCUGGCCGUGAUGCUGGAGCCGCCGGCCGCCGGCGCGCUGAGCCUGCCGGCCGAGGUGCGGGAGAAGCUGGCGGAGCUGGAGCUGGAGCUCUCUGAAGGGGACAUCACUCAGAAGGGCUAUGAGAAGAAAAGAAGCAAGCUGCUGGCGCCUUACAUCCCACAGAUACAAGGUGUAGAUCCAUCUUUGCAAAUUGACAACCGGAUCCAGGCUUCCUCCCAAGCUGUCCUUCCUGGUUCCAAACACAACAAGUCACGGGCUACCAACGCCCGGGAUGAACGCUUCAGAUCUGAUCUGCACACAGAAGCCGUCCAAGCUGCUUUGGCAAAGUACAAAGAAAGGAAGAUGCCCAUGCCUUCCAAGAGAAGAUCUGUGCUAGUUCAGUCUUCAGUUGAGGCAUGCACCCCACCAGACACCUCCUCAGCGUCAGAAGACGAGGGCUCGCUGCGCCGGCAGGGACGUCUGGCCACCUCCACGCCCUACCAGGGCCACGGCCACCCAGCCGUUGAGCACUGGUUUAACCGUGUCAUCCAGGGUUCGUCCACCUCAUCCUCCGCGUCAUCCACAUCAUCCCACACAGGAGGGAGAUCCAUCACCAACACCACUGCCCACGCAGCCCUCAACGCCAACGCCGCAGCGACCGCACUGGCUGACCUUAUGGCACACACCCAGCUAGACACCCCACUCAUCACAGAUAACCACUCAGCGCCCCCCGACGUGACGGGGCUGUCAGAGCGCUCCUCGCUUCACGCAGAGCGGCCCCAGGUGGCCUCGGUGCGAGGCGUUUCCCGCAGCUACAACCACCACACCAGCGUCAUGGAGACCGCAGAUGGCUGUGAGUGGGGAGGUGGAGGAUUCCACUCUUUAAUUGAUGGUGUUCCGGUCAACAGUCGUGUCUCCAACAAAAUCCAGCAGCUGCUCAAUACACUGAAGAGACCGAAGCGUCCACCAUUGCGCGAAUUCUUUGUUGACGACUUUGAGGAGCUUUUGGAUGUUCAGCAGCCGGAUCCCAACCAGCCGCGGCCAGAAGGCCAGCAGAUGAGUCCCCUUGAAGGAGAGCCUCUUGGGGUGGUCACAAACUGGCCUCCUUCUUUGCCAGCAGCCUUACAGAGAUGGGGCACCACUCAUCCCAAGAGCCCCUGCCUGACAGCGCUCGACAAUGCUGGCAAGCCCGUCUACACGCUCACCUAUGGUAAACUGUGGACCCGCAGUCAGAAACUGGCCUACACUCUCCUCAACAAGCUGAGCACCAGAAAUGAACCUUUGCUUAUGCCUGGAGAUAGAGUUGCACUUGUUUUCCCCAACAAUGACCCGGUGAUGUUCAUGGUGGCUUUCUAUGGCUGUCUCCUGGCAGAGCUUGUACCCGUGCCUAUUGAAGUGCCUCUGACCAAAAAGGAUGCUGGAAGUCAACAGAUCGGCUUUCUGCUGGGCAGCUGCGGGGUCACGUUAGCGCUGACCACUGAUGCCUGUCAGAAAGGCCUGCCAAAAGCACAAACAGGGGAGGUAGCAACUUUCAAAGGCUGGCCACGGUUGCUGUGGUUUGUGACAGAUGGAAAACAUGUCGUAAAGCCUCCGAAAGACUGGCACCCUCCGAUACGGGAAGCCAACAAUGACAUAGCCUAUGUGGAAUACAAAACCAGCAAAGAAGGAAGCACCAUGGGGAUCACAGUGUCCCAUUCAGCCAUGCUGGCUCACUGUCAUGCCCUCACACAGGCCUGUGGCUACACAGAAGCUGAGACCAUAACCAACGUCCUGGACUUUAAGCGGGAAGCAGGAUUAUGGCAUGGUGUUCUCACUAGUGUCAUGAAUCGGAUGCACGUGAUCAGCAUUCCCUACUCGCUGAUGAAAGUCAACCCUCUGUCCUGGAUACAGAAGGUUCACGUAUACAAAGCUCGAGUAGCAGUGGUGAAGUCGAGGGACAUGCACUGGUCUCUGCUGGCCCAGAGAGACCAGAGAGACAUCAGCUUGAGCUCACUGCGCAUGCUGAUCGUAGCCGACGGAGCCAACCCUUGGUCGAUAUCCUCCUGCGACGCCUUCCUCAAUGUCUUCCAGGCACGUGGGCUGCGACCUGAAGUGAUCUGUCCAUGUGCCAGCUCUUCAGAAGCCAUGACUGUCGCCAUCCGCAGACCUCCAGAAACGGGGGUUCCUCCUCCGGGGAAGGCAGUGUUGUCUAUGGGGGGCCUGAGUCACAGCGUGAUCCGCGUGGACACAGAAGAGAAACUAUCUGUCCUCACAGUGCAGGACGUGGGACAGGUCAUGCCUGGAGCGGUGGUUUGUGUGGUGCGAGUGGAGGGGACGCCUUAUCUCUGUCAAACAGACGAGGUCGGAGAAAUCUGCGUGAGCUCGGCCAGCACUGGUCUAGCUUAUUACGGCCUCCCGGGCAUGACCAAGAACAUCUUUGAAACUAUCCCAGUAACAUUGUCGGGGGUUCCCAUCAGCGACAGACCUUUCACUAGAACCUCACUGCUGGGCUUCGUGGGACCCGACAGUCUGGUGUUUAUUGUUGGGAAGAUGGACGGGUUGAUGGUGGUCAGUGGCCGUCGACAUAAUGCCGAUGAUGUGGUUGCCACGGCGCUGGCUGUGGAGCCCAUGAAGUUUGUUUACAGGGGAAGGAUAGCAGUGUUCUCUGUGUCUGUGCUGCAUGAUGAGAGGAUCGUGGUGGUGGCAGAGCAGAGGCCCGAUGCCUCAGAGGAGGACAGCUUUCAGUGGAUGAGCCGGGUCCUUCAGGCCAUAGACAGCAUCCACCAGGUUGGAGUUUACUGCCUGGCUCUCGUGCCCGCCAACACACUUCCCAAAGCUCCUCUGGGUGGGAUUCAUAUAUCUGAGACAAAACAACGGUUCCUGGAGGGUGCUUUGCACCCCUGCAACGUCCUCAUGUGCCCACACACCUGCGUAACCAACCUGCCCAAGCCGAGACAAAAACAGCCAGAGGUGGGCCCUGCCUCUAUGAUAGUGGGCAACUUGGUGGCAGGCAAGAGGAUAGCACAAGCCUGUGGCAGAGACUUGGGACAACUCGAGGACAAUGACCAGGCACGUAAGUUCCUCUACAUACAGGAUGUGUUGCAGUGGAGGGCUCAGGCCACUCCAGACCAUCCUCUGUUCCUGGUCCUCAACGCUAAGGGCACUGUGGCCAGCACAGCUUCCUGUCUGCAGCUGCACAAGCGAGCAGAGCGGGUGGCAGCAGCUCUGAUGGGUCGCUUAAACACCGGUGACCAUGUAGCUCUCGUCUACCCACCAGGAAUUGAUCUGAUAGCCACUUUCUACGGCUGCCUGUAUGCUGGCUGUGUACCAGUGACCGUCAGACCACCACACCCCCAGAACCUGACCACCACCCUGCCCACUGUCAAAAUGAUUGUUGAGGUGAGCAAGUCUGUGUGUAUCCUGACAACCCAAGCAAUAAUGAAGCUGUUGAAAUCUAAAGAGGCUGCUGCUGCCGUGGACAUCAAGAGCUGGCCCACAGUGCUGGACACGGAUGAUCUCCCCAGAAAGAAGAACCCCCAGAUGUAUAAACCCCCGACUCCGGAGAUGCUAGCUUACCUGGACUUCAGUGUCUCCACAACAGGCAUCUUAGCAGGGGUCAAAAUGUCUCAUGCUGCCACCAGUGCCUUGUGUCGCUCCAUUAAACUGCAGUGUGAGCUCUACCCCUCCAGGCAGAUCGCCAUCUGUCUGGACCCAUACUGCGGCCUGGGCUUUGCUCUUUGGUGCCUGUGCAGUGUGUACUCGGGUCACCAGUCGAUCCUGGUACCUCCUCUAGAAUUGGAGAGCAAUGCAUCUCUCUGGCUUACCGCCGUCAGUCAGUACAAAGUGCGCGUCACUUUUUGCUCUUAUUCCGUCAUGGAGAUGUGCACCAAGGGCCUGGGUUUGCAGACAGAAGCACUGCGGUUACGAAAUGUAAACCUGUCUUGCGUGCGCACAUGCAUGGUGGUGGCGGAGGAGAGGCCUCGCAUAUCCCUCACUCAGUCCUUCUCAAAGAUCUUUAAGGACUUGGGUCUUUCUCCGCGAGCUGUGAGCACCACCUUUGGCUGCAGGGUGAAUGUAGCAAUCUGUUUGCAGGGCACGGCUGGACCAGACCCCACCACCGUUUAUGUGGACAUGAGAGCACUACGACACGAUAGAGUGCGUCUGGUGGAGAGAGGAUCACCGCACAGCUUGCCGCUGAUGGAAUCAGGCAAGAUCCUUCCUGGAGUGAAAGUGAUCAUUGCCAACACAGAAACCAAAGGACCCUUAGGAGACUCUCAUCUUGGAGAGAUCUGGGUGAGCAGUCCUCACAACGCCACGGGCUACUACACGGUGUACGGGGAGGAGGCGCUGCACGCCGACCACUUCAACACCAAGCUCAGCUUCGGGGACACUCAGACCGUCUGGGCAAGGACCGGAUAUCUGGGCUUCUUGCGGCGCACCGAGCUGACCGAUGCCUGCGGAGAGCGGCACGACGCCCUCUAUGUGGUGGGCUCUGUCGAUGAGACUCUGGAGCUGAGGGGGAUGAGGUAUCACCCCAUCGAUAUCGAGACCUCCGUCAUCCGCUCUCACAAGAGCAUAGCUGAAUGUGCCGUGUUCACGUGGACCAACCUCCUGGUGGUGGUGGUGGAGCUGGAGGGCUCGGAGCAGGAGGCCCUGGACCUCGUGGCCCUGGUGACCAACGUGGUCCUGGAGGAGCACUACCUCAUCGUGGGGGUGGUGGUGGUGGUGGACCCUGGCGUCAUCCCCAUCAACUCCAGAGGGGAGAAGCAACGCAUGCACCUCAGAGACGGAUUCCUGGCCGACCAGCUAGACCCCAUAUAUGUAGCUUACAACAUGUGAGGGCCCCUCUCUCGUCACCCCCCAACCCCCCCCAUGUGUCUUAUCACGCUGCAGGAGACAGCAGGACAACGCCAGCGCCAGCGGCCUCCUUUUUAAAGAAAGGGAGGCGUUCCAUUUGGUUUUGGCACAGAGAGAAAAAUGAAACGGUGAUUUCAUGCCUCAGCAAAUAAUGUUUCAAAGGGCAUUGUUGUUUUACUAGAGUAUGUCUUGGAUGUAUGACGAAAUUCCUUAAACCCAGGAGACCCGAGAGAGCUGCACAGAGGGGUGGUUAUAGUAUGAUAUUACAGUGUGCCAUUAACAUAAUUUAUUUUGUCAACCUCUGUAUGGAUGAAUGUUCAGCGUGCACUUGUGCCAUGAAACGUACUCACAUUAAAGCCGUGGCUAGCUUUUGUUUUCAGGUUCUGUUUAAAAGCACGCGACGCAGAAACAGAGAAGCAGACAUCAGUGUUGUAAAAAGAUCAGCAGACUGAGUUGUGUUUUUUUUGCUCAUUCCAGCAGUUGUGAUUUAGUUGGUAGCAUCAGUAGCUUCCAAAUAUUGUUGUGGUGACUCAGUCGCGUACUAUUACAUUUAAAAUGUGUAAUGCGGUUAUUGUUUUCUCUGGUAUGCGGUGUGAUUGAUGUGGAAGGUGUUGCUUUGAAUGACUGCAUACAGUAAGUGCCAAUCGAUUGAAGCUGAGGGAUGGAGAGGAAUAUAACCGUUGCUUUCCUAUCACCGGCGAGCGAAACGAAGCCUUAAGUGUUGUUGAGACGCCUGUUUCUGUUUAUCGGCUGUUGAACUGGGGUGAGAAUAUGCAGAAGAGGGUUACGUUUGAAGAAUCCUGCUCUUAUCGCACCCAAAGUGUUUCAUGUUUUAAGCAAAGAUAAAUAUACUUGAUCCGAGCAUCAGCCAUUACAAACACACUUCAUGGACAUUCUUUUUAAUGUCUGAACGUGUUCGUUAUAGGAAAAAGCUGAACGAAUUUGUUGUAGGUAUGAUUUUGUUGCCUCACUUCUAGUGCCACAAGGUUGGGUGAAAGUUGAAUUAUGAUGAUGAUAAAUAAUGUGCUGCAUUUAUGAGGCAAGUGUCUAAUAUGCUCAUCUUAACCUCCCUCCUUGUUUGUUACAUUGAAUUGUAAAGAUGCUCAUCCUUGUACAUUGCUUCUCUUACUUCUGUGUGCACAUCUCUUCGGAGACGGGCUCCAGCCUGCUGUAAGUAUGUAUAGAUUUUGUGUAAAUUAUUAAUAGACAAGGGGACGACAGGAAAUCCUGAAACACGGACUACAUCUGGUAUAUCUGUGAACUUGUCCUUUACGUUGAAAAAAAAAAGAAGAAGUUGCAGUGGAUUCUCAUGUGGGCGACACGAAGAGCCCCGCAAACGUUUUCAGAGUGAACGGACGGCGGGGAACUGGCCACUUCAGGGUGAGACGAAGCACACUCCAGCACAAUGAAGAGACGGUUUAACUCUGGCAGCCGCUGAGUUGUUGCAUCCUCCAGAGCAGACUUUUGUUGUUGAUGUACGGAAAGAUAAUUUGUCUGAUAUAUGGUUAGUUGUCAUUAUUUUCAUAACAUGAUUUCAUAAUGAAUAAAAAGGUAAUUUUGACUGGUAA